UUCAGUCGCGUGUUUUGGACAAAACCAUAUUGCUGCUGGAGGACCAAAUUACUGGAACCGUUCAUUGCCUGUGUCCAUAGACGGCGCUAAUUGAAGCUGUCAAUAUUUAAACAUACCUGGAAAUACCACGGACCCCAAAAGCGAAUGGACCGACCUUGUAGGUCAAUGCUGAGCCGAGAUACUAGUUUUGUUUUGAUUCCGGUCCAGGCUAUCUCUAUGUGGUGAGGAAUCCACCAUCUCUAACAAACACAUCUAGCUUAAUCGAGCAAUCGCUCGUGUCGGAUUUUGCAGAAGUACGGAUUUUACAGGAUUCAAAACGGCGCCAUUGCACAUCGCAAGGAUGACAUUCAAGCUUCUCUUACUUGGAGUCAUACUCGCUGCAAAUACAGAUCCUGCCUGGGGCGAUAAGAAGAAGGUGGCUGUAAUUAUCGCUCCUCCGUUUAUAUACGAGAGGGAUGGAGGAGGUGACAACGUGACGUAUGAAGGGUUAAUCCCCGACGUUCUGAAGGAUGUCACACGCCGGACAGGCAUAGAGUUCACCAUUACCCCCUUGGGCAAGGGCAAGUUUGGGGAAGCCGCUAACGAAACAUGGGCGAAAAUGACAGACGUCGUCACCAACCAGGAGGCUUACGUCGGCGCCGGUCCCAUUCCUAAGACCCGAUCCCAUCCUCGAGGGAUGCACUUCGCAUCGACGCUGGUAGAGCAUAAGGGCUGGGCAAUCUUGAUCAGGAAACCAAAGUUUCCUGCCAAGAAUUACCUCAGAGAGGCCCUGUCACUGUUCAGACCAUUUGAUCCCUCCGUCUGGCUCGCCCUGCUAGCUGUUUUCAUCAUUGUAGCACUUCUACUGACCUUGAACAACCUAAUUAACCCCAACGAAUACAGAUACCUGUACAAGAGGGACAAGCUUCAGAAGAAAGAUGCGAGCCACUUUGGACCGUUUGGGAGCUUCCUCUUUGCCUUCAGCACGCUGACUUGGCAAGGAUACGAAAAAGCACCUCGGUCAAACAGUGCCCGUGUUCUGGUCAUGUUCUGGGUGGCUUUCGUGGGAGUAACACUGGUGGCUUAUGUUGCUAACUUAUCCGCAUAUCUGAUGACCGUCGCCAACAAGCCAGCAUCCCGCUUAACCCCGCCUGUCCAAGGUGUUCACGAUCUGAUUGCCAGCAACAUCAAAUUCGGGACGAUCGGUGGCUGGCCAACUCUAAAGGCCCUGGCGUCCUCCGGUAACAACUCCGUGUCUGAGCUGGCCCAAGCCCUGGAGAGCAGAGGCCAGCACGUGAGCACUGUCCAGGAGGGCAUCAACAAGGUGACCAAUGAAAACUACGCCCUAGUCAUCGAUAGUGUCAUUGCGGACAACGUCGUCAACAGUCACUGCAACAUCAUGUCCGUCGCAACUAUUCCGUCUGAUAUUAAGUGGUAUGCUUUUGCCACAAAACAUCAACAUCACCAGGACUUUGAAACAGCCGUCGCUGAAGCUAAAGAGGACGGCACCAUGCGCAGAAUAGGCAAGAAAUGGCUACAAGAGGAGACGUAUUGCAAACCCGAGCCCAAAACCGAUGUCAUUGGGGGCGUCUACUUCGCUCCCAUCAACAUAUAUCAGUUUGUAGGUCCACUGUGCAUCGUAGGUGCUGGCAUUGUCCUUUGCAUCGUUGUUACCCUCGUUGAAAUCUUCAUAUAUAUGUUAGAAACACGGUGUUUCCGUAAGAGAGAUGAAGUAAGCAUGCAAGCGUUGAGAGACGAGACUCACUCUGAUAACAUUGACGGUCUUCACUAUGGACCAGCCGAGCAGACCGAACCAGCCCCUGCCCCACGUCAGCCCGAGCACUGGGUGUGCUCCUCUGUUCGUCAAGCACCACUCGCCGGAGGGCGAAACAACGCGUCAAAGGACGAGAUGAGGCGUCUCCAUGACAACCUGCAGGAUAUUCCUGACAUCGAUGACAUCUAAUCAAUGCUCAGAAUUUAUCAUUAAAGUUCUUAAAGCUAUCACCGGUCUCCCAACGUACCUGUGCUGAGGAGAGGGACGUCUUAGACUCGUGAACGGAGCAGAAAGCCAAGUUUUUAAAUCUGAAAACGAAUCUACCAUCUGAUGUUUGGGUUAAGGAGAAAAUUGUUUUGCAAAACCUCAAACGGCCUCGUGUAAGACUUUGUCCACCAUUACCCUGUAUUAUCACAUCACGUGCGAACACCUUCAACUGUCAUUUAUUGACACUCUAGGGAAGUGGUAACAAAGCCAUACUCUGUAGGAUAAGGGUCCAAAAAGCAUAAUACUACAUUAACAACUCUGUUGCCCAAAAUGCGUGCUGUGUAAUGAACAAGUCAUUUGAGGUUUUGUUGAAAUAGUAUAAUAUGAUGGCUCUCAGGAAAACAACAGAGCGAAAAGAAUCCGCCAUAAUGAGUCCGACGACAAGUCCGAACAUAACUGAUCAAAGGAAUGCCCCAAUCACAACAGAGUGUAUGUCAUCCUAUAAACUUUGCCAUAUAUUGCAUUUGAGAUUUGAAGAAAUACUUCAUGUUUUGGUGGAUGUGUUGAACAAACAAGAAGACCUUUCAUUAGAGGCGCACUUAGUUUUUAAUGGCUGCGCUGGAGCUUUAACACACACUAUACCUGUACGUUGUAUGAAUGUAGUACUUGUAUUCUGUCAUAUCGCGUACAAAACUCUAUGUUUGUCGAAAGUAUUCUGGCUCAGAUUCAGUUACUUUUCGCAAAUGGAGACCCAUUUUCUGGAUAUAAUAUAGGUGUUAUCUAAUUUUUCAGACUUCAUUGUCACGAAAGUGUUUGGUAACUGCUUGGCAUAGUUUAAACUUCAGUCAUGACAAACACAUAUUUCAUGUGUCGAUCGCUACUGCUGCACAUUUUCCCAGACUUACAACCCUCAAUUUGGCAAGAUAGCCGUAUUUAAAGAUUUGACCAAAGGAUAAUUGUUGGUUUAUAAUUCAUCCCACUGAAUAGAUGCCAUGAUAGUCUUUUGGAUUUGAACUGUUCUGAUCAAAAUACACAGUAAUAGCCCUCUGGAUUCCAUUUAUGUCGAACAUAGAUUUGUGACAAGGGCAAGAAAAAAACUAAUGGAAUGUUGCUGGAAUAGGCGUUUCAAAUCCAAUUAUCCGAAACAUAGAUUUGUCGCUAUCUUUAACAUAAGACCCAGUAAACACCAUGGAAACACUGCUGCAGUAGGCCCGUGGAUUCAAAAGUUUUCGGAACAUAAUUUCCCGGCAAGCCAUGUGAAAAAAAAGGAAAUGUUGCCAUACUAGGCCUUUAGAUUAGAAUUUUCCGGAACGUAUGUUUGCAACAAAGAGAAAGUUAAAAUCUGGCAAAUGCUGCCGUAAAAUCUUUUGGAUUCGAAAUGUCCGGAACAUACUUUUGAGACACAGGCCAAGUUAAAAUCACAGAAUGUUGCAGUAAUACGCCUUUCGAUUCAAAUUGUCCGGAACAUUGAUUUACAUCAAGGAAAAGGCAAAAUCAAGGCAUUGAUGGCAUAUUAACUCUUCACAUUUGAGUUAUCCGGAGCAUUAAAGUUAAAAAGGACCAAGUUAAAACCGAGGGAGACGCUGUGAAAAACGAAUAUUUUUUUAAUUUAUCAGUUUUAAUGCCGGGUAAAUUUUUACCCAUAGUAAAUGUCACACAAUGUAUCCUCCAGUUAAGACGGAACAUACGUUGCUAAACAGAUCUCGUAUAUACUCACUUAAGCUUUACGCGGGUAACACACAUGACCUAUUUAUUAAAUUAUUAAACUCAACUGUUAUCAAUAUUGCGUUUCUCAUUUUUGAAAUCGCAUUCGUUAUAUAUAUAUAUCUAUAAAAACAUGUACAUAUGUUGGUGGACAUCUUUUCGCGCAUUGUUGUUUGUAGCCUGUAGCAAUCAUGAUGUUGUGGAUGUACUGAAUAAAACAGAAGACUGUCUAGUGAUGCUAAGUGUGGAGUUUGUGUGCUUGAUAGGUGGCGGCUUCAUAUUAAUGCAUACUACCUCUUAUGUCAUGUAACGCUUAUAGCGUCCGUAAAGAAAGCUAUUAGCGCUUUAUUUUGGUACACUAGUGAUGAAAACAUUUUGCUAAAUUUGAUGUAUAUCUUCGAUUUUGGACAAUAUGUGUAAUAUUGUGUGUAAUACUGGGCAUUAAAGGUCCACAUUUUAGGCAUUCCCCCAGAAGAAUGUCAUCCUUUAUUUUAUUCUUGGAAAAAGGUAAGAAAAGGUGCAAAAAACAACAAAAAAGCAACAACAAAACAUUGCGAUACCAUUUUGUUCAUUAGCACAUAGCUUGGUUACAUUAGGAGUAUAACAAAACAGUAUGUUUAUCUUCAUCUUGCUCAUUUUGUGGUAAUAUUUCAUUAAUUUUAAGAAACUGCUAAUAUUUGAAGAUUUGUUGGCUGAACAGUUAUAAAAUACAUUUAAUAGUAAAGGUUAAAACACCUUCACUUUCUUUGAAUGUGUUAAAUAAAUAGCAGUAGUGAAUUUGUAACUUGCAUGUUUUGCGCGCUAUUUUUUUUUUACAUAUUUAAUCGCAUAUAACUGUGCCAAGAAGAACUGCUAUGCUGUUGAUGUUGUCUAGUCGUUGUUAGUAAUACGCGUAGGCAAUGUCAAAUAGAUUCAAACGCUUUUAUAACUGAGAUUAAGACAUUAGCUACUAUAUAUUCCCCUUGUUAGUAUGUUUACCUGUCUUAAGCAAUCUCCUGUGUUCUCUUCCGGCUCCAAUAUAUGUACUUAGCUAUUCAGCUUGUGAGUUAGCAUUAAUAGCUAUAUAAACUUACUACCUGUGACACACGAUGUUGUACCCUUCCUAAUGUUAACUGUAUGGGGUGAUUCGAAAACGGAUUUUUAUGUAAACGCACAAAGCAGUGCGGUAAAGACAACAAAAAGUGCCAAUGCCUAAUCCAUCGAACCCCGUAAGACCUGAAUUUAUUCACGGAUAAUGAGUCAGAUUUUAAGAAUAUCACGAAGGACAUGUGUACUUUGCCAUCGUGCAAAAAGGAUCAUGUGGUUCAUAUCUUGCUCAUAUCACUGUGGGUGUUGGUGUGGACAUAGGUUUUCUAAUGUUAAGUUGAACAGUAACUCUACAUUCCGUACCCUAGCACCUUCUCCCAAUAGUGACCCCAUCGACUGUUGUCCACUCUAUUGUUUUGUAAACUCUGUGCCUCUCUGUAACUCCCUUUGAAGUCCGGUCUUCUAAAGGCAGCGCGUGUGUUUAACCUUAACGUAUGUACAAAGCAGACGUGGUGUUUAUUCCGUGUUGAUAUUACGGUGAGUGUACCUCUAGUCAUUGAUCACAUCUCAGAACAACUUUAACUUAGAAUCAGAUGAAGGUUAGUGGGACGUUGUGCAAUAUCUAAUUCUACUUGUCGUUACCCGUUGUCUGUUUACUAUUUUGUUAUACAAAUAAAACUAUUCG